AUUUGCAUAUUUCCGUUAAGGGACGCCUACUCUGUUUAGUGCGCGUGUGCAAUAACUCAUUUCGCCUUUGCGCUCUUUCUAAACAACGCCAACGCUACAAAAAGCAGUCUAUCCUGUUUUAUUUUUUAAGAGAGAUUUUAAUUUAGGUAACAAACUGUAUGGAUAUGGAAUGUUUAAUCGAUGAGAAAAUGUGCAGAACGUCGGCCAAAUCCAUAUCUGCUUCAUCUUCUCCCACUUGGCUUCCUCUCAUCACCAUAUUUGGUAAUGAGUGGAAAACGCCAGCCGGAUGCUUCACAUUUAUCUGUGCCUUCUCCUUUAAUAAGGGGUACUGACCUCCUAAGGAUUCCAGAUAGCGAAGGCCGAUUGAAAAAGGCAACAACUUAGCCCUCUCCAAGGAUGUCUUCAUUAAGGAAACCUUUUGCCGUUUCACAACGGAAACGGGGAGGGACCUACUUGAAUUUGUCCAAUAGAAACUAUCGUUUACGCUUUCCUUUUGGAGUAGACUGUUUCUGUUGCAAAACCAGACGAAACGUUUUGCAACAGAAUUGGAGUAAUGAUUACAACCCAGCUCUAGCCAUAGGUUCGGGUUAAGGACGGGGUCUGCGGAGAACACCGAUAUUUUUUGAGUAACAAACGCCAUGCGUAGGCUACGUCCUUGAGGAAUGAAAUGACAGUUCGAGGUGUUUUUUAAAAUUAACAACAAGCAAAUCCUUUUUGCGGGGCCAUUUCUAUGAAACAAUGCUGGGUCUUCUUGUGAGAGCAGUGCUAAGGUCAGGCUUGGUGAAGCCAUAUCACCUGGUCAAGCCAGUGUCAGUGACUAUCCUCCCAGAGAGGUCUUCGCACCACCAGGAUAAUUUGCCUAAGCUGCCAGUGCCUCCACUGAGGCAGACAUUUGAGCGCUACCUGUUGAUGCUGGAGCCCCUGCUCAGUGAGGAGGAGCUGGAUCACACACGCAAGCUGGUCAAGGAGUUCCUCAUUCCUGGUGGGGUGGGAGACAGGUUGCAGAGAAGCCUGGAGCGCAGAGCCAGCAACAAAGGAAACUGGCUCACAGAGUGGUGGAUGCAGUCAGCCUAUCUGGAUUCCCGGAUGCCUGUGGCAGUCUAUUCCAGCCCAGGGGUGGUCCUGCCCCGCAUGACCUUCCAAGAUCGCCAAGGACAAAUGAGGUUUGCUGCAAAAUUGAUUGCAGGGGUUUUGGACUUCAAAAAAAUGAUUGACAGUGAGACGUUGCCUAUUGAGUAUUUGGGUGGGAAGCCUCUGUGUAUGGACCAGUACUACCAGAUCCUGUCCUCCUGUCGUAUCCCUGGACCAAAGAGAGACACUGUGGUCAACCACGCUGUCGGGAAAGUGGCCCCUACUCACAUCACUGUGGUCCAUAACUUCCAGUUCUUUGUCUUGGAUGUGUAUAACAGCGAUGGCUCCCCACUGACGGUGGACCAGAUCUACAUGCAACUGGAGAAGGUCUGGAACUCGUCCCUGCAGAGCAACAAGGAGCCUAUCGGCAUCCUGACCUCCCAGCACCGCAACACCUGGGGCAAAGCCUACAACAACCUCAUCAAAGACAAGACAAAUAAGGAGUCUGUCCGUGCUAUCCAGAAGAGCAUAUUCACGGUGUGUCUAGACGCCCCCAUGCCACAGACAUCUGAGCAGCGGUACCAGAGUCGGGUCGCUGCCCAGAUGCUACAUGGUGGAGGGAGUCGCUGGAACAGUGGCAACCGCUGGUUUGAUAAGACCUUGCAGUUUAUUGUGGGUGAAGAUGGUACAUGUGGUCUGGUGUAUGAGCAUGCCCCAGCUGAAGGCCCACCCAUUGUGUUCUUGGUGGACCAUGUGGUUGAAUACAUGAGGAGGAUGGAGGUAGUACGCACUCCCAUGACCCCUCUGCCCAUGCCUCCCAAACUGCGUUUCAACAUCACACCUGAGGUGAAGAAGGAUAUUGAGUCGGCCAAGCAGAAUAUGAACAUAAUGUCACAUGACUUGGAUGUGAACGUGGUCUUCUUUUCUGAUUAUGGGAGAAAUGUUCCAAGGGCGCACAAGUUGAGUCCAGAUGCCUUUAUACAAAUGGCUCUACAGCUUGCCUACUUCAGAAUGUAUAAGAUGUGCUGUUCUACCUAUGAGAGUGCGUCCUUGCGUAUGUUUGCACUUGGUCGAACAGACACCAUCCGCUCCUGCUCCAACGAGUCGCUCAACUUUGUCCAGGCGAUGGAGGACCCAGCGAAACCGAAUGCAGAGAAGGUUUUUCUAUUGGACAAAGCAUGCCAAGCCCACAGAGAAUAUACUCAUAUGGCAAUUCAUGGCCAGGCCAUAGACAGACAUCUCCUUGGCCUAAAGUUGCAGGCGAUUGAAGAACUGACUUCCAUGCCAGAGAUAUUCAUGGAUACAGCCUAUGCUGUGGCUGAACAUUUCAAUCUCUCCACCAGCCAGGCUGGUGCUAAGACGGACUGUGUGAUGUGCUUCGGUCCGAUGGUGCCGGAUGGCUAUGGAGUGUGUUACAACCCCAUGGCUGACCACAUAAACAUUGCCAUUACAGCCUUCAACAGCUGUGAAGAGACACAUGCUGCCAACUUUGGCCGGGGUGUGAAGAAGGCUUUGAGAGACAUGAGGUCUCUGCUGGAGGAAACGGCUAAUGCUAAGCAGUGAAACCCCACAGGGUACAUGGCUCCUCUGUAGGGCUGUGUGGGACUGAACCUGUGCUGGAUGUAGUGGGAGAAACUAAAGCCACCUUGGUAUAUGUAGUGCUGUAACAUGGAGAGAGGAGAAGCCCUUUGCACUGAUUUCGGUGGGCCUUGGAAAGCUUUUGGGCCCUUCAGGUAGACUUGAUAUGUGUGGAAGGAAAGUCCUGUUAUACCCAGGAGACUAUAUCUGUACUUCAGUGAAAAGCGAGUAAGACUGAAGGAAAGUAAGACAUAUCAUGUUUAAUGAUAUGGGUUUGUCCAUUUCCAGAUAGUUGGCACCUUAUGUUAAAGAAAGAUCCACACCAGAUCAUGGUGACUAUUAUGUUUUAAAAAUAUAUAUAUAUAUAUAUAUUUUUUUUAAAGUCUACACAUGUUGGUGCGGUCUUAAAUAUUAUUCUGGUGGUUUUUACAUGCAUUUAUUCAGUUUGUUAUUUCAUAUUUUAAAAAUAAUCAGUUCAACAGUUAAGUUAUUUAAGUAAUGAAAUUGUGUGCCAUACUAUACCAGAUGAGCCAUAAUAAUGACUUGCUGAGUGGUUCUGCUGUGAUUCACAUUGGUAAAUGUUUUCUAUACAACUAAAAAAACUAAAUCAAAGACUGCUGUAAUUAUAAUAAUUUACACUGAGUAUUUAUUUUAAUGUUACAAAACCUGACAAUAUUGAUUAAAGUAAGGAAAAACUGUCCUCCA